AUGAUCUCCGGAUGGAGCUAUGCACAAGGUAACUACAACGAUUAUUCAUUUUCGCACAUUUCGAAAGUUGUCAUCAAACGGUUUACAUGCGAAAAUCCCGUCGCAAAGCAGCGGAUGCUUGCAACGCGACGGAAGCCCAACGAAACUAGAUUCCUGUUCCACUCCAAAGACACCGUUCUACUUUAUGCCUUCAAUGACGGUCCCUUCAAAUCAGAAAAGCAAAAGAACCAGGUAGAGGGGGACAGGAAAUAUUGGCGAGAUACUACGCGACGGUGGAAUGGUCUCCUCGAUGCUCAAUUACACCACAUGGAGCAAUCAGACAUGAGAUGGGACAAACCCCUUUGGUACGGAAUGGCAAUCCUCAUGAGCGCACAAAAGAAACGAAUCAACAAUUGGACUCCGGAAAGGGUAUUCACAACUGCUUCAAGUACACUAUUCAGGAGUUCAUCGCUCAACGGGCUAUUUCCUGGUCUGCUAGACGAAGAUUUGCAGCCAACUCCACUUCAAGAUGAGUACCAAGACGAUGUGUAUUGGCAUACAACAUUUGAAAUACCUUAUAUCCUCUGGUCCUAUGCGAGAUCCCAACUGGAGAAGCUCGCAAUGGGCCCCGAGAGUGGAGCCAAAGGUUCCAUGCCAGAAGAAGCUGGCAAAGAUUCUUCAUCAAGUAGCGUUCAAGCUUCGAAAACCACUGCCUUCUCAUCUUUCGGGAAACUGGUCGAUCAGAAGGUGCUGGUAGAGAUAUCUGACGAUUGGCUCCAGAAACAGCCCGCGACGUUGCAGUUCGGGUAUGACCCACCAAUGCGCGACAGGCCGACAGAAUCAACCCAAAGAAGACUCCCACACCCCCACGUCCUGUUGCGCGGCCCAAGGAUACCGAAGGGUGCCUCUAAAUUGACUUCCACAGCCCAGGCGGGUUUUGCCUCGUUGGUAGGAGGGACGGCAUUGAUAGGAUUUUCGACUGCCCUGAUGCCAGAUCCGCAAGGCAUCGUGAAAGGAUCUUCACAAGUAACCAGAGAUGGCGCGUUGGUGGGGUUGAUUGUAGAUGUAAAGGGGGGAAGUAAGGCUGCUCGAAAGAUCCUAGGUUCAGAAAACUGGAGCACGAACCUCGUGUCUGUCACAGAGUUGAGAAAUGUUUUACAAGUCCCACGUACAGCCGCCAACGCCAAGAAACGGAUCAUUUGGCUUCCCUACCAGAGCAGAGAUCCGCAAACAGAAGAGCGGAUACACGAGCGACCAGAAGAGCAGAUGAAAGCGCAGACACAAGACCAGUCAUUACAGAAUGAAACACGAGACGCCUGCCGACUGGCAUCUCCCCAGCCCGAAAAAGAGAAUUUAUUGGCGUUCUUUCAGCGGCACGAUAACCACGACAAGUAUUUCUUCGACAGUACAUCGGCGGCUUUGAACGAAUGGGAGACAGAGCUCCACCUUUCUUUCUUCCGAUCGACAGAGGGAAGCUACCCAGGGCCGAGGACUGUGUCUCGCGUAAGCAUGGGCUUCCGCUUUGUUGGCGACUUCUUCGAUAGAUACUGGACUUGUCAUAUUGUUGAAAACAAGAGUCCACGUGAGAAUCUUCUUCAAGACAACAGCCAUUCGGGAGCAGACGAUCAAAAGGAUUCUCAGUCUACAGAACAAUCGGAAGACCAAUCGGGGCACAACUCAGAAGACCGGCGAAAAGACCAACAGGUUGCUGAGCAUGCACUAGGCGCAUUAGGUGCACGCCUGUCUCGAUUGAAGGAUAUAAGAGGUCACGUGCCAACUGAGGAGGAGCUACUCGAAGGUGAGAUUGAAGCUGAGGGGGAACAACAACACAGAUCGGUCACACGACCCUGGCAACAGCGCAAGAUACUUGAGCUUCUGAUCUUCAACGAGAUUCUGGACGCGCUGAAGACCAACACGAAUGUGAUUUGGAAAUCAACCCGUCAGCGUGUACUGAAUUUGGGAAGUCUGGAUAUCCAUCACGAGUCACUGGAUCAGCCUACGCUGACCUUGUCCGAACUGGAUGUCACGUUCAUGGAGGGAGAGGAUCCAAUUCCCAAGGCGCUAUCAGAUGAGAUCGCCUUCAUCCGGCUGGCAAAUCGCAACAACUAUCUUAACCUCGCCAAGCUGUGGCGACCUCAUGAGCAGUUUAUUCAGGCUCUUGAAGACGAUCUUUCAGCAAACCUGGAAAAGAUUCGGGAAUGGGACCGACGAGAGCAGGACCGUCAGUAUGAAAGACCCAGAUGGACGAGGAAUGACGAAGUGGCUUUCAGGCACGCCAUCACACACCUACUGGUCCUCAACAACCGUGUCGUCAGAGAUCUCGAGCGUUUGCAGUUGGACAUGAGGACCUUUCGAACUUCACUGAAUUCACGUCUGGCUUCGAUACGAGAUGACAUGAGUUUCGGUACGGCCGAUAAGCUAGCUGUUUUCACCUAUGUUACGGUCGUCUUCCUCCCUCUGAGCUUUGCCACCAGCAUUUUCAGCAUGAGCCAAGCUCCAAGUGGCAUCACAAUUGCUUCCAUGGCCGUAACCGCAGUCACGGCUCUCUCGCUGACCGUAUUCGCCUUGGCGAACUCGAACGAUCUCAACGUCGCUUUGGUCGGACCGCUGUUUGAUCGCGCCAAAGUGGUUGGCAGACCGCUCACAGUCUUGUUGCUUUUUGCACUGUAUGGCAUAUGGUUCGCUCUUCUUCCAGUGCGGUUCAUAGUGCGCCCGAUAUCGCCGAUUAUCUCCGAAAUCAUCAAGCCAAGGGGCGGAAAUGGCAAAGCAGAGAAGAAAGUGGACGACGAAUUUAUAGUCCAAGAGUGGAAGCAGAUUCUCAAGAGGAGGGACCAAGAGAUUGGUGUGAAGCGACCCUGGAGAAGAACAGAAGAUGUAGAGACACUGAGUACUGCAACCCAUGAUAGCCGUGGGCGUAUCAAAGUGAGCCAAAACGGCACCUUCACCAAGUCGGUACUGGGCAAAGGCAAGGCUGGGUGA